AGUGCAGCUGGAGGUAGAGGAGGGACUGGGAUAAAUGCACCGAAUGUUUCAGGUGGAGGCUAUGUGGAGGGCACGUUUAACUUGACAGAAGGAGAGAAGAUUUAUAUUGUAGUAGGACAACCAGGCUCUAAUGCAUGUUCUCAUCAAAGGAUUGGUGAAAUAAAGGAUCUUUGUCAUUUAGGCCUACCAACAAAUGAGGAAGAAUUCUUAAGAAAGAACAGAUGGGGUGGAGGUGGUGGGGGAGGGGCAACUUAUGUGUUUAAGUAUGAUGACAAAGAUAAUGUUGUGCCAUUAAUUGUAGCUGGAGGAGGAGGGGGUCAAGGUUACAGAAGUUCUGGAACACAACACAAAAAAAGAAUUCUAGAUAUUUAUAAUACCAGUGGAAGUAAUGGAGUGACUUCAUAUAAUAGUUCAGGUGGUGGUGGUGGAUGGAAUGGAACAACCCUGUAUCCUCAGGCAGGCUAUUCUCUUCUAGAAGGUGCUACUGGUGGCAUUUCUUGUAAUGGCAGCUUUUCUGUGCAGACUCCAGGAGGAUUUGGAGGGGGUGGAGCAGCUUGUUUAUCUGGUGGUGGAGGUGGGGGUUUCACAGGUGGUGAUGCCAGCACUGAUGAUGACCAACACAGAAGUGGUCAAGAUGGAUCAAAUUAUUUUCAUCCAAUGAUUAAAGAUGAAAAAGUUAUUUCCCAUUUGUCAGCUAGAUCAGAAGCCUUUGUUGAAAUCAACUUCCUAUUAAACUGUCCAUGUGACUUUUGGUGUAAUAUAAGUGAUUGGGAGAAGCCUGUGUUUGCCUGCCUAUGUCCUGCAGAACAAGUUUUAUCAGCAGAUGGAUUCCACUGUGAAGAUAUGCACGUAACAUUACAGCCAGCAAUGAUGGAAGAAGUAUUUGAUAUGCGAUAUAUUAUAGCCAUUGGAGUGUCUGUGACCGUUCUCUUCCUUAUCCUGGCUGCAGUUCUUAUAUGUCGUGUUAAUCAACAGAAAAAGAAACAGAAUGCCAAACUUGUUAGACUUGAACUGAAUUCCACGCCAACACGCGGUUAUGCCAUAAGGACAUCAACUGCUAAUGGUCUCCUUCCAAGUACUUUACUACAUUCUACAGGAAUAAUGGCAGAAUAUAAUCCAAAUUACGACUUUGUUGUGGCCAACUGUCCAGAACAGAAGUUAAAUGAGAUUAAUGCAAAUAAUCUACGAUUAGUUAGAGCUCUAGGAAAUGGAGCCUUUGGUGAAGUUUAUAAAGGAUUUCUGUCAGGUGUACCUGAUGUCCAUGGAGAAUUACCUGUGGCAGUUAAGACUUUACCAGCACUAACUACAGAACAAGCCGAGUUAGACUUCUUAAUGGAAGCUGUUAUAAUGAGUAAAUUUCAGCAUCCAAACAUUGUUAAGUUUAUUGGUGUGUGUUUUGAAUGUCAUCCGCGGUACAUUAUUCUCGAGUUAUUAGAAGGUGGGGAUUUAAAAACAUUCCUACGAGAAAUGAGACCAAAAUCAAUGAGUUUAAAGGGAAACAUGACACCAUCUUUGACAUGUAUAGACUUGCUCAAGAUAGCCAUAGAUAUUGCCAAAGGUUGUCAACAUUUAGAAGAUAAACAUUUUAUCCACAGGGAUAUAGCUGCCAGAAACUGUCUAUUAACAUGUAAAGGACCAAACAGAAAAUGCAAGAUAGCAGAUUUUGGUAUGACAAAAGAUAUAUACAGGUCAGAUUAUUACAAAAAAGGUGGUAAAGCCAUGUUACCUAUCAAAUGGAUGCCCCCAGAAGCUUUUUUGGAUGGUAUUUUCUCUACAAAGACAGAUGUUUGGUCAUUUGGAAUUUUGUUGUGGGAAAUAUUUUCCAUGGGUUAUAUGCCUUAUCCAGGAAGGACAAACCAUGAUGUCAUGCAAUAUGUUACAACUGGUGGCAGGUUGGAAGCCCCUCAGCAGUGUCCACCUGUCAUGUACCAGUUAAUGUCAAUUUGCUGGGCAGCCAUUCCAGAAACCAGACCAACAUUUUCUGAAUUAAUAGAAAGGUUACAAAGGGCCAAACAGAUGCCUGAAGUUAUAAAUGCUCAAAUUCCCACAUUUUAUCAGAUUCCCAAGCUACCUGUGUUAUCGACAGAAAGUGUAGAACCCUCCGAGGAUUCUGAUGAGGAAGUGUUAUCGACAGAAAGUGUAGAACCCUCCGAGGAUUCUGAUGAGGAAGAACAAUGUCAUCAAUGUGUACGGGAUUCAGAAUCGAAGGAACCGCUUCUGCCUCUUCAUGAAAGUACAGAUGAAAACAUUGAAUCGCAAUUUAUAUCAAGUUUUAAUGUGACUUUUAACCAUGACAAUUUAGGGUCAGAAGCUAGUGAAAAAUCUUUAUCAUCUCGAUCACAUGACUCUGUUUGGACCAAUCCAGUAUUAACAGAUGCCAAUAUACAGUGUAAUGUUAAUCUUGAAGAGGAUUGAUGUUUUUAAUUGAAAAUACUUUAAAACAAUGAAUACGACUACACCAUAUGAACUUGUGUAUGCUGAAGGUAAUUCCAGAUACAUUUGUUGUAAACACAGCAAUCAUAUCAUAUACUGGCGAAAAAAAAAAAAGAAACUUAUGUAUCCUAAAGUACUAUCUUUUUAUGAAACCAAACGUUUAAGUUAUUAUGUGCUCAAUAUUGUUAAAAUGAUGCUUUUGAAGAUAGCCAGUGAUACUAAACUCUGCAUGAUGGAUAUUUGCAUAUUCCUGAAUUACAUGCUCAUUUUUGUCUCGCAUUGAGUCAAAAAACAAGACAUAAGCAUGCUGUUUCUUGUGUCAGUGGUAUCAACAAUGUAUUAGUUUGUGAUUAGGUCAGUUUAUGGGAAACACCAAUAUAAUGAAUUGCAUAGGCCAAAACACCGGAAUAGUGAAUUGCAUCAGCCAAUACUCCUGUAUAAUGAAUUGCAUAGGCCAAAACACCAGAAUAAUAAAUACAUUGAAUAAUGAAUUACAUAAGCUACAACACCCAAAUAAUGAAUUUCAAAGGCUAAAACACCGGAAUAAUGAAUGCAUAGGCCAAAACACCAGAAUAAUGAAUUUCAUAGGCUAAAACACCAGAGUAAUGAAUUGCCUAGGCCAAAACACCAGUAUGAAAUACAUAGAAUAAUGAAUUGCAUAGGUCAAAACACCAGAAUAAUGAAUUGCAUAGGCCAAAACACCAGAAUAAUGAAUUGCAUAGGCCAAAACACCAUAAUAAUUAAUUGCAUAGGACAAAACACCUGAGUAAUCAACUGCAUAGACCAAAACACCUAAAUAAUGAAUUGCAUUGGCCAAACCACCAGAAUAAUGAAAUGCAUAGUCCAAAGCACCAGAACAAUUAAUUACAUAGGACAAAAAACCAAAAUUAUGAAUUACAAAUGCCAAAACACCAGAAUAAUGCAAUACAUAGAAUAAUCAAUUACUUAGGCCAAAACAGCUGAAUAAUGAAUUGAAUAGGCCAAAACACCAGAAUAAUGAAUUACAUAGACCAAUAACAGCUGAAUAAUGAAUUGCAUAGGCCAAAUACAGCUGAAUAAUGAAUUACAUAGGCCUAAAACAGCUGAAUAAUGAAUUAAAUAGGCCAAAAACAGCUGAAUAAUGAAUUACAUAAGUCAAAAACAGCUGAAUAAUGAAUUACAUAGACCAAUAACAGCUGAAUAAUGAUUUGCAUAGGCCAAAAACAGCUAAAUAAUGAAUUACAUAGGUCAAAAACAUCUAAAUAAUGAAUUACAUAUGUCAAAACAGCUGAAUAAUGAAUUACAUAGGUCAAAAACAGCUGAAUAAUGAAUUACAUAGACUAAUAACAGCUGAGUAAUGAAUUGCAUAGGCCAAAAACAGCUGAAUAAUGAAUUACAUAGACCAAUAACCGCUGAAUAAUGAAUUGCAUAGGCCAAAAACAGCUGAAUAAUGAAUAACAUAGACCAAUAACAGCUGAAUAAUGAAUUGCAUAGGCCAAAAACAGCUGAAUAAUGAAUAACAUAGACCAAUAACAGCUGAAUAAUGAAUUGCAUAGGUCAAAAACAGCUGAAUAAUGAAUUGCAUAGUUCAAAAACAGCUGAAUAAUGAAUUACAUAGGUCAAAAACAGCUAAAUAAUAUGAAUAACAUAGGUCAAAAACAGCUGAAUAAUGAAUUACAUAGGUCAAAAAUAGCUAAAUAAUAUGAAUUACAUAGGUCAAAAACAGCUGAAUAAUGAAUUACAUAGACCAAUAACAGCUGAAUAAUGAAUUACAUAUGACAAAACACCAGAAUAUGACUAUAUAUCAUUGAAAUUGAUUAUUUCUUAUGUAAGUAAGUACAUUGUAAACAUGCACUGUAAAAUAAGCAAAAUUGUUUAUAUAUCUGUAUUAGAUGUUCAUGAAUAAAUUGUUUAAUGUUA